UCCCGCUCCGGGCCAUCGCGAAGAAAAAUAUGCUCUUUACCGGGUACGAAUUGUCCCAGGUCGCGGUGGAAGCUGACGCCUUUCUGCACCAGAGCCAGCUCCCGGCGGCGUUUGACGCGGAACGUAGUUCUUGUACAACGGGCCCGCGCAAUUACCACUUCUACACGUCGGAACAAGUACAGGACUCAUCUGCCAAUUUGAAGUUGUGGUUUGUCAGCCCUGUUGUGAGGUUUGGCCAUCGCUUACUGGCGCUGCGACUGGCUCACGCUGGUGUUUGUUUUUCCACAGGAGGUGGCCCGGUCGUGCCUGCGUGGGUGUACGCGUAUUGUCUGCCGGAGUUUCUCGCACGGAUGCUUUACGUCGGGAAGAAGCUUGACAGCAGAGAUCUGGUUGUGUUGCUGUCAGAACACGAGAAACUCUUUGCAACCGGCCCGAACAGCGCCGCAGCGUCACCUAAUAUACUCCUGCCUCCGACACCGAAUCGUUUUCAAAGCGCGCAUAAGAUAUGGAAGCUGACGAAUUUUGACAAGCUCUUGCGGGCGGAAAACAGUACUAUCAACACAAACACCUUUGACGAUACAGCUACCCAUGCGUUGUACCAGGAUGGUAUUAACCAGCAAGCAGGUGGAGCGCAGAACGGUCAAACUACAGAUAGCGGCUACGAAACUCUUCUGCCAGUCUGGGCCGCAGGCUACCAGCCGCCGGUGACAGCACAAGCGGGUAGACGUCGGUUUGGUCAAUCAGCAGUCGCGCAACAGUUUUUGCCUCUGGCAACAAAU